UCAGCUUGGACCUAGCGGGCACCCGUGAGGAGGAGCAAGCGUCGCCCUAGCAACGGAGCGUCGUGAUUCUUCGUAAACUCGGUUGAAAUCGCCGCGAUACAAAAGAGCCAUUCAAGGUUUCGUCUACUAAGCAAGUUGUCAUGGCCACGAGCAACCCGUCUGCGUUUCUUCUCACCGUGAACGGUCAAAUUGAGGGAGCGAACUUUCCAGAGUACGACAACCUCUAUUGCAAAUACUGUUUCGUCCACGGACACGACUGGACUUCCACCUCGGGUCUGGAGGAAGGCAUCACUCAAAUAACCUGUAAAGGCAGUCAGUCUUCACGUAAAUUGAUAUGGAACUUCCCACUGGAAACAACGUUUAAGAGCACCAGCCCAUCUGGAUGGCCUCAGCUUGUGGUGAGUGUGUACGGUCCAGACGUGUUUGGCAACGAUGUCGUCCGAGGCUACGGAGCAACACACAUCCCCUUCACACCGGGACCACAUACGCGAACCAUCCCCAUGUUUGUUCCCGAGUCCACGUGGAGACUUCAGAAAUUCACAAGCUGGCUGCUGGGAAGGCGACCCGAGUACACAGACCCUAAAGUAGUGGCUCAGGGUGAAGGGAGAGAAGUGACGCGGGUUCGGUCCCAAGGCUUCGUCACCGUCUCCUUUCACAUCAUGACUAAAGACAUGAAGAAGCUGGGUUAUGACACGGGACCAGCAAGUCCUGCAAACACCCAGUCGGCCACAUCCGGCUGGUCGACAGAAGAACAACCAAUCAACAUGUAAUGAAAUGAGACUAUGAAAUUGAGUGAGAUUUUAUAACAUAUAUUCAAAAUUUGCAUUUGUUAAACUGUAUUUUUUACUUUUUUUAAAAAUAAACAUUGACUGUAAUUUUCAA